AUGGCAUUCACUUUCGGUGGGCAGGGCUCAGGUGGAGCAUCCAAACCGAGCAUCUUCGGCGCCAAUGGCAGUGCCUUCGGUUCGAACAAUCAGACUAGCUCAAAUACCGCGUCAACUGGCGGAGGACUUUUCGGCAAUGCUGCCGCGCCUGCUGCUAGCAACACGACCCCUUCAAUCUUUGGCGCAGCAGCAUCUUCAGUUACACAGAGCCCUUCGCUCUUCGGCACCACUGGCACCACCGCCGCUGCCACCCCUCCGGCAACAUCGUCUGGCUUCUCUUUCGGCACUGCCAACCAGAGCACCAGCACGGCUACCCCCGGGCAGACAACUACGAGUGGACUCUUUGGCAAUGCCGGAGCUACAAAGCCCGCCAGUAACCUGUUUGGAUCGGCAGGUGCAGCCUCAUCUGCUACAGCGACACCCUCCGGCGGCUCUCUAUUCGGCACUGCAUCAACUACUCCCGCUGGACCCCCGCCUGCUUCCAAAGCGCCUUCUCUGUUUACGAACAUCGGUUCCUCGGCCACUCCCUCAUCCAACCCUACUACAUCAUCCACGAAACCAGCUCCCGCGCAAACACAGCCUUCUGCCUUGUUUGGAAAUGCCGCUUCUAGCGCAGGCCAGCCUUCAGCGUUUGCUGCGCCCCCAUCUGGUGGCGGUCUUUUCGGAAAUAACAGCAAGCCAGCCGAGACUAGCUCGCAGAGCUCUACUGCGGCCCCGGCCUCAAACCCAUUGUUUGGAACCGCACCUGCAGCAGCCUCCGCGGCUGGCGACUCGACACCCAAGCCCGCAUUCUCUCUAGGAGGCGCUCCUUCUGCUACUGGCACUGCUGCUUCUAAGCCCGCGUCCAUCCUUGGUGGCGCUCCGUCUUCUGGAGGUGAGGCUUCUAAGCCCACGUUUUCGCUCGGCGGAGCUACUACCGCGGCACCUGCCAGCACAGCGGCAGCCGCUGCCACUCCCCAGAAGUCCCUUUUCCCCACGCUAGGCGGCACCUCGUCUGCUGGUGGUGUUUCUACCACAACGACUACUUCCUCCACUGGAAGCUCCAUGUUCCCUAGCUCGGGUGGUGCCAAAACCACUGCUGCUGCUACUCCCGGAGCUACAACCACAUCUACUACCCCCACUGCUACUCCUGCCGCUGCAUCCAGCCUUUUCUCCAAGCCUGCCGCAGACCAGUCUUCUGUGAAAGCCCCUGCUGCUGAUACUUCCAAGGAUAAGCCAGCAUUUGGCGCAGCUGCCCCUGCCGCAGCGACCACUGGCACAUCCGCUCUUGGUCAGUCCACUGCGGGGCCUGCCCCUCCAGCACAGUCUCGUUUGAAGAACAAGACCAUGGAUGAGAUCAUCACUCGGUGGGCCACGGACCUCACCAAGUACCAAAAGGACUUCCGAGAGCAGGCCGAGAAGGUUGCCGAAUGGGACCGCAUGCUUGUGGAGAAUGGCACCAAGGUGCAAAAGCUGUACGGAAACACCGUCGAUGCCGAGCGUGCAACCCAGGAGGUUGAACGCCAACUGGCAGCUGUUGAAUCCCAGCAGGACGAGCUGAGUUCGUGGCUCGAUCGGUAUGAACGGGAGGUGGACGAGAUGGUAUCGAAGCAGGUGACGCCAGGCGAGCAAGGCCCUGACCAGGAGCGAGAAAAGACAUACAAACUCGCUGAGAAGCUCUCCGAUCGCCUGGACGAGAUGGGUAAGGAUCUCACCAGCAUGAUCGAGGAGGUCAACGGGGCUUCUGCCACAAUCAGCAAGACGAAUCGGGCGGAUGAGCCAGUAAGUUUCCCCGUCAGGGCGGCACUGCGGCCAGAGAACUCUUUUAUGCUGAUCCUCUCUGUCUCGCACCAGAUCUCUCAAAUCGUCCGCAUUCUCAACUCCCACCUGUCCCAGCUGCAGGUGAUUGACCAGGGCACUUCGGAGCUGCAGGCCAAGGUGGAAGCUGCUCAAAAGGCGGGGCAGUCGAUCUCCUCGCGUCUUGGAUACGGUUUCAACAGCCCUGCGAUGGGUGGUGGAGGUAGCGCUGCAGACGACUUUUAUCGCUCCUACAUGGGCAGACGGUAG